UAGUAUCAUAUGGAACAGAAUGUUUGAUAAACGUCGACCUUCUUGCCUAUACUGGCUAGUACACCGAUUCUCCAGCGGGGGAGGGGUCGGCUUGUUGUUGCGUCGUGGAUUGGGCACUGUCCACCAUGUCGCGGCCCAAACUGCACAUCCAGCGGAAUGAACUCUUCUGCAAGAACCUCUGCGGGAUUUUUCGGUAACCCGCAGUGGGGCGGCUUCUGCUCCAAGUGCUACCGCGAGCUGACGCAGGGGGAUGCGAGUGCGGCGGUGGCGACCAGCGGCAACCGGAAAGCGUCCGGUAACGAUGCAGCCAAACAAAAAUCAGCGUUCACCCCGACACAGGAAGCGGCUUCCAAUAUGUCCGUCGGUACAGGAUUCGGGGGCUUUGAAGAAAAGAAAAAGAAGUCGCUCAAGAUUGGUUUCUUCAAGAGGUCAGCAAAACUCAAGACUAGUCCCGACGCCAAGCUACCUGACGCUGGCCAGGUGUCGCCUCGGCCGUCCCACCUCAGCCAGGAGUCGAUCCAGAUUCACAAGGUGCUCAACGAGUUCAUGACCGGCCUGAGCAAGCCAGCGGCCGAUGACGUGCGCCGUCAGAUACAGGCGAACAUGGAGAGCUGCACCAGCGCUGCCAACACGGCCACAUCGGACGAGAUGUCCGAAAUCGUGCAGACGUUCUACAACAACUUCCAUGACCGCAUCCACGGCCAGUCGGCAUACUACGGCAUGACGUCGGAGCGGCGGGCAGAGCUGGAGGACCUGGCGGAGCGGUACCUGACCACGCGGCUGUACCGCCUGCUGUUUACGCCGCUCUCGCAGCAGCUGGAGGAGGCUGACCUGGCCAUCCAGAAGCGCAUCCGCUCCUUUUACUGGAUCAGCGCCCAGCUACUGGAGCUUAACAUCGACGAGGGGAACCCGGCCGUCACGGACCUGGUCGAGCAGGCCAUCACAGACAUCAUCGAGAUGGACAGCAAGCGAACGCCUCAAGACAAGCUGACGUGCGUGUCGGCGUGCGUGAGCCACCUGCUGGAGAUGCUGUGCGUCGGCCGCCAGGGCGAGCCGCCGUCGGCCGACGACCUGCUGCCGGCGCUGAUCUUCGUCGUGCUGCGCGCCAACCCGCCGCGGCUGCAGAGCAACGUGCAGUACGUGACGCGCUUCAGCAGCCAGCAGCGCAUCAUGUCCGGCCAGCAGGGAUACGACUUCACCAACCUGUGCUGCGCCGUGUCCUUCAUCGAGUCGAUGGGCGCCGACUCGCUGGGUCUGACGGUCGAGGAGUACGAGCGCUACAUGUCGGGCGAUGUGCUGCCACCGGCCGCCGAGUGGGAGAGCGGCCAGUACCGCUGUCAGGCCCUGAAGAUGAUGGAGGCGAACCGUGAGACGCUGACGGCGCUGCAGGAGCGCCAGAGCAAGCUGCUGGCCGAGGAGCAGACGCUCGGCGACGAGAUGGACACGUUCUCCGAGAGCGUCUCGAGCAGCGUGGAGGCAACGCUGGCCGACGCGCCGCUGGCGCUGCGGCCUCCGAGGCGGCCCGCCCACCUCGACUCGCCGUCCAACAACGUGGACGGGCUGCCGACGCCGCUGGUGCCGCAGGUUGUGGACGCGGUGCCAGCCGACGCGGACGGCGUGGGCCAGCUGCCGUCGCCGCCGCCCGGCCUGCUGCCGGCCGCGCAGGAUAGCCUCAGCUCGGUGCUUACGCUGUCGCAGAUGUCGCUGGAGCCUGCCCGCAGUCCGACCGGCCGGCCCAGCCAGCCGCCGCCGCCCCCGCCGUCUAACGCCAGCCUACCGUCGCCACCGGCGGGCGUCAGCCCACCGGAGCCGGUGCCGGCGCCGGCGCCGGUGGUGCGCGCCGGCCGGGCGCCCGUGCGCAGCAUCCCAUCCAUCCCUUGCAGCACGGGCGCGGCGGCCAGCGGACCGAUGCCGGUGCCGCUGCCGCGCCACUCCGACUGGCAGCAUCAGCAGCAGCUGGCGCGCUCGACCAGCCACACACCGGGCUCGGAGCCGCGCUCGCCCGACCCGGAGCCGGGCGAGAUGCAGCGCCGCUUCUCGGAGCUGCCCCGCUCGCUCAGCCACCAGUUCGGCGCGUCCGAGUCGCCGCGCCGCAUGUCCGAGUUCGGCCGGUCGCUGAGCCACAGCGCCACCGCCGAACCGGCGCGCCGGCAGUCGCUCAGCAGAAACGAGGCGCUGGCUCUGGAAGCGCGCAGGUUUUCGCUGGCCCGCGCGGAGCUGGCUCGUGGCCGACUGCAGCUGGAGGACGAGCGGACAGACUCCAUUCCGGACGAGGACGAGCAGCCGUUCUCUGCCCGGGACGAGGCCGAGCGGCGGUACUCGGUCCGGGACGAGGCCGAGCGGCGGUUUUCGGUUCGGGACGAGGAGCAGCGGCGGUACUCGGUGAACACGGAGGCUGAGCGGGCAGCCGCCGCCGCUGCCGCCCUCACGGCCGAGUGCGAGGCGGCGAAGCAGCGCAGCAAGACCAGCGAGAAGCAGGACAAGCUGGUCAAAGUCCUGAGCGGCAUAUUUUCGCUAACGGACAACUUCUGAUUGGGCGGUGGCGGGGUCCGCGCCGACCUGUGCGCCAUUCCACGAGAUGAGCUUUAGCUGAUACGUGGCCGACCUUGAUGUACUGAUCGGUCUUGAUCCGGGAGCUUGUGAUGUCGUCUCCGAUGUGGACUGUUUUACCCUCCCCCCCCCCCCAUGGUGGCAAAUGCGGGUCUUCACGCUGUCUUGCACGUGAAGCGCCACUGGCCCUGUUCCUUCCGCCGUACUCCUUGCUAUCUGAUGGGCGAAUGUGCAGCCCGUUCCGGCUGCCCCCGUGCCGUCACUGCCCGUGGCUGCCGCGGUCGUCGCGUCUCGCGGCCACGUUGCCAAUGAUAAACCAUACACAAGUCGUGAUUGGGAUAGGCAUUACCAUUGGUGCGCGUCUUGAGGCUAACACCGAUCGUCGUUGGCAGUUUCUUUCGUGUUGUGAUCGGGGGUAGCCAGUAAUGUUGUUAAUUGUUUUGCAAAUGAAUGUAGCUGGAAACGGAACGCCUGGUGAACGCUUUCGUCGUUCUCGCGCUGUACUUACUAGUCGGCCAGGGUUCAAUUGGAGGGACGGUGAGUGGCGAUCGAUUUUAUUUUGCUGACAUUUGUAUGUAUAUAUCGGAGGUAAAGCGAACAAUACAAUGUGAUUCAUCUUUUGA